ACCUUAAGCUGCCGUAUGUCUCAAUUACGUCUUUGCCUGUCUCUCUCCGGACUCCCCUAUAUUAUAUAUCCACUUAGUGUCCCCAGAUGCGCGCCCCCCCGAAACUCCCGUCCUAAUUCUUCUUUUCUGAUGAUGCCAACUUCCUUUUCCCUUCCUCCCCACGAAUUUACUCCUCACGAUAUCCCGAUUUAUGAACUGAUCAUGAUUGCAUUGCCAUCGCUGCGCCUUUGAGAGAGCGCCUAUUCCGCGACUCCUGUUGAAGACCCCCCCUGGUCAAGCGACAUUCUGUUGGGCUGCCUGUCUCAAGUCGCGAAGAAGAAGAAAAUCUGCGACCACCGCCAUUAUUUGCCCAAUUCUGCGCUCAACAGCAGGCUCACGGUCGCGAACUUGCUGCUGGGCAUCUGUUGACCUCACUGGCAAGGCUGU